AUGAAGGGGAAAAAGAACGCAGUCAAGACAACACCGUCUCCGCAAGCCCUCGCGUUGAUUGCCCAGUUCCUCACGGAAAAUGGCAUGCAAUCAACUCAAAAAACAUUUACCAAAGAAAUGAAACGAUUGCAAGAUUCUUCCGGCUGGGCUGCACCGCUUGCGUUGUCAAAGGGUGUUAAACUAGAAGACCUGGUUGAGUCAUGGAAUGACAGCGGCUAUGCCACUGCAGGAAGUCAAGAAACUCACAAAAAGGCCUCUGUCAAGAUUGAUGCGUCAAAAAAAUCAAAGACGUCUACCAGCUCAAGCAGCAGUGAGAGCAACACUGACGACUCGUCCGAUCCAGAGCAAGCAGAUAGGAAGAAGCCCAAAAAGAAAGUGAAGACCAAGCGUGCCGCAAAGCGUGCUCGCUCGUCCUCUUCAUCGUCGUCAUCAUCAUCUUCGUCUUCCUCGUCCUCGUCCUCGUCCUCAUCCUCAUCCUCAUCCUCAUCCUCAUCCUCAUCCUCAUCCUCAUCCUCAUCCUCAUCCUCAUCCUCAUCCUCAUCUUCGUCUUCCUCUUCGUCCUCUGACAGCGACGCAGAUGAUGAGAGCGAUAUCAGUUCCAAAUUGGCAGAUCCAACACCCACCUUUGUGAAACCUAAACUCCAAACUGCUGCAACCAGAAACCUUAAGCGAAAGGCCGAAAGCAGUCCGUCUGAGUCAUCAGAGUCGAGUUCAGACUCUUCUGAUGAUGACCGCCCAAAGAAGAAGACCAAAAUGUCUAGCACACCCAAGAAAGAUGAGGAGUCUUCGUCCAGCUCUGAAGAUUCAGAUCGGGAAUCUGAUUCAGCAGUGAAGCUACCCGACUCUGAUGAGACCAGUGCAUCAGCCAGCAGUGAUGAGUCUAGUGAUUCUGAUGUAUCUUCAUCGGAUGAGGAAGAAACUCCCCACGCUGGUGGACUUAAGGUCAAGGGGAAGCUCCCUGCUGCCGGUGAGGAUGCAUCUGACUCCUCAGGCACAGUUAUGGGGGAUGCAGCCACAGACGAGACCCCACCUGAAGGUGACGAUGGCUCCUCUACCAUCCCACCGAUGUCAUCUGCGCAAGCGGCACCUGUGAAAAGAAAGCAUUCCGGAGCAAAGCCAACGCCGUUGGCGGAAUUAUCUGCCCAGGCAACCGCAGAUAGCCACAUCAGCAAUGCGUACGUUAGCUACGACUAUGCGGAAAGGGCGUACAAAGAUCUCUCCGUCACUAGAGGAAAGGGAUUCACCAAGGAGAAGAACAAGAAGAAGCGAGGAAGCUAUCGUGGUGGACCCAUCGACAUUAGUGGCGGGAAGGGUUUCAAAUUCGAGGACUGA